AUGAAUGUAAAAAAAUCUCUUCUGUUCCUGUUUUCCUUGUUUGUGUGGUGAUCCAAAAAUUGUUUUACGAUGCUUGUUCAAUACAUAUCAUCUAAACAUAUUGCUAUUAUGGCUGGCUCAUCAGUUUGCAAGAAAUCUAUCGAGUCUCAAACAGUGUCUUGAGCUGUAAUCUUUAUUUAAUAUCUUUUAAUUUAUUUUAUUUGGUAUCAUAAGUUUUUAACAAUAGAAUAUCAGUAAAUUUUUCUUAAUGUUGGUAACACAUUCAUUCUUAUCUAUUUUGCUCAUGAUAAAAAUUAUAACUCAAUCAGUUUAGUAUAACAUUCAGUGUAAUUGUAAUUAGUGGCCUAAAAUUAUUGUUGUAUUUGUCCUUUAAAAUUGUGUUAUAUAUUAGCAUAUCCAUUUGUUUAGAUCUAUUUUUCACUUUAUAUAUUAUAUUUUUUUUAAUAUAAAAUGGCUUCGAGUGACCCAGAACUUAGGGAUGGGAUUACCCUACCAGUUUGGAUGAAGACUAAACCAGUCAAGGAGUUCGAACCGUUCGCGGCUUCCCCUCCGGCACCCGAAGAUUCUUUCUUCUACAUACGAUACCCUAAAACAGAUGUCUUGUUCGGCAAACCGAAGGUCGGAGAUAUUCCGAAGUUGAUGAACGAACAACAGAAAGAUCAAGCGGUGAAGGCUGCAUACAAUACUAUCAAAGAGCAGGACUGGUCCAAGCACACCAAGCCUUGCCAAGACGUUUUGCACGGGAUUGCACCUAUUAAUAAACCAGUGGACUCGAAGCCGACGUCAGCGGGUACUGAGGAUGGGUUUAAAGGCGAGGGCGCGGCGUGCGGCAACUCCGUCGUCAAGGUGGCGCAUCAGAUGAUCCAGUCGAAUCGUUCGCCGCGCGGUUUCACUGUCGCUUCGCCGACGGAGGAGGAGGCUGCUCAAUAUAUGUGUGGUUUUAGAUACUUCACGUCUCCGUUCGAGCCGGUAGAGGACGCGAGCGGGCGCUCCUGGCUGACGAUGGCGCUGCUCGGCUUCAAGAAGGACCUCACCACCUCCACCUCCACCCUCGCUGAGGAAGACGCCAUCGAGACCAGGCUGCAGGGUGGUACGUUAGCUGAAUCCGUGGAGAACUUGGGCCCGGCUCCAAGAGUGAAGGAGUCGAUGAUGUCCAGCGACAGCACCCAGCAGCCGCAGCUGAGGAAGCCGGCGCCCGCCUUCACACCCAAACCCUCGGAGCUCAGGGAAAUGAACUUCUGGUCGCCCACUUCCAUGUAAAAUACUAAAAACACGUCUAAGGGAAUUAUUAAUUACUGUUCACGUGCGUUCGCAUGAAAUUAUAAAAACUUUUA